GAGAGGCCGCGUCUCCAGCUGAUCGUCAGUGAUUCUCAUUCCAGCACCAUCUCAUUCAUCAGAUUUGCGCUGAUCUUUUGGACAAUACGUCCCUUAGAAUUAAACAUCGGUCUAAAUAACGCGCAUAUGUCAGAGCUGGUUUUUAACGCAUCUUUAGCCGCAUCACAUUUAGUCGCGCGAGGAUGAUGCCUGGAGCUCGCGCGUCUCUGGAUGCAGCGCGUGCGCGCAUGUCCUUGAGUUGAGCAGUAGCUCCAAAAGCAUGGGAUGUUUUUCCAUCGCACGGCCGAUUGCAUCCCGAAACGAAAGCACAUGGCGAUGAAAUAAGUGUAAAUGAGUAUUUUUGCUCUGUGUAUGCUGGAGAAGACUGCUGUCGCGCCGCCUGGAACGGAGGAGACGAGAUGAGAAAGUGAAGGCGGGUUUGGAGAGCAAUCUUUAUUUGUGUUGUACAUCAUCAUUGUUACUGUAAAGAUGCCGAGGGGUUUACGCAGGCUGGUGCACCUGGUGCUCUUUUGUCCCUUAUCUAAGGGUCUACAGUCCCGUUUACCUGCAGUUAAAGUCAAGUACCUGUUGGUGGCGUGGUUUGGGAUUCUGGUGGCCAGCUGGGUGCUCUAUAUGCAGUAUUCCUCUUAUUCGGAGCUCUGCAGAGGACACGUCUGUACCAUGCUCAUCUGUGAUCAUUAUCGCAGAGGUGUUAUCUCGGGGGCAGUGUGUAAGUCUCUCUGCGAGGAGAAAACACUGUCUCUUCAACGCUGUCUUUCAACGUCACCGACACACCAGGUCUACAGUGCUGUGUGGAAGGAGAAAGCUGUACUGGUGAAGUGUGGGAUUGAAGAAAGCAUGAGAGGAGAAAAUAGUCCUGACUCUCCACUACGGCAUGACAACAGUCUCUACGAUAAACCCACCCGAGGAACAUCCAUGGAUGAAUUCAGAGCGAUGCUGCAUUCCUUUCUCAAGGACAGUGUUGGUGAGCAAUCAUCUCUUAGCACUCUAGUAACUCGCGUGAUUUCUCUGGCGGAUGUCAACGGCGAUGGCAAAGUUUCAUUAGCAGAGGCGAAAUCCGUGUGGGCUUUGCUUCAGAUCAAUGAAUUUGUUUUAAUGGUGGCACUGCAAGAUAAAGAACAUGCUCCACACUUGCUUGGCUUCUGCGGAGACCUUUAUGUGACUGAACGCGUAGCACACAGUGCCCUUUUCAGGCUGGAGGUGCCUGGUUGGCUGAAGCCAGUGUUUCCUGAGGCGCUGAGUGUCGCUUUUAACCAAUGGCUUGCUCCUGCAUGGCCCCGCAGAGCUCGAAUCACCAUUGGACUUCUAGAGUUUGUUGAAGAGGUGUUCCAUGGCAUAUACGGAAGCUUCUACAUUUGUGACGCAAGCCCAAGACGGGUCAGCUACAAUACGAAAUAUGACUUCAAGAUGGCAGACCUUCAAAGUAUAGCAUCAGAGGCAACUGUCAAAGGGUUUCUGCGAGGGAGAACUUGUGAAGCAAAUGCCGAUUGCACUUAUGGGCGAGAUUGCAUGGCAACGUGUGACCGAUUGGCAAGGCAGUGCAACGUGGAGGUGGUGCAGCCCAACUUGGCCAAGGUGUGUGCCCUCCUGCAAGACUUUCUACUCUUCGGAGCUCCGUCGGAUCUGAGGGAGGACCUGGAGAAACAGCUACGCACCUGUGUGACGCUCAGCGGGCUUGCCUCACAGAUGGAAGUGCACCAUUCCCUUGUUUUGAACAACCUCAAAACACUAUUGUGGAAGAAGAUCUCCAAUACCAAGUACUCUUGAGACCAACAAAGGGAUGAUCAAAAGAAAGACAACGAAGAGCAAGAGAAUCGGAGACUUCCAGAGAAAACAAUUGGGGUCAGUACAAUAAGUUCUGGAAGGCCAACAUAAUAGCUGAACUCUGCCAACUACAUCCCCACCCUCAGAUUUUACUCAACUGAAGAACAAUAAACCCUGUAGAAACACCUAAGGAAAACUAAUUUUCUUUUGCCCAAAAGUUUCAAAGUGAUAACUGUCCAGUGGGAACAAAGACAACUCUCUUUGACCAUGCAGCCCCAAGCCGAAUGGGUCCUUUUUGGUGAACUUUUGGCUUAGUAUCUGGGCUGCAAGCACAAGGACAUUUCAAAGUAGAAAAACCCACAGCGUUUCCAAGAAGAUGGUCUUGCUCUACAUCCCCUUUAUCUUUUACUUUAGUUACUCAAAUGAAGACCCUAAUAGAAAACCCUUCAGAACAAUCUUUUUCCUUUUGCCAAAAUAGCCAAGUUAAGACUGUUCUUAAUUGGAGGAAACCAACUGGAGGACAUUCCUUUGACCAUGUAUCCCCCUUCCAAGUGAUAUGUUUAGUCCUGCUUGGUGACCUUUUGGGAAAAGAUCGGACAAAAAUAAUAAGUUCCAAGAUUUAUGCCAAGGAAAGGAUACUUUCUUAGAGAAAAGUCUUAAGCCUUGUACACACCGGGAUGGUCUUUGCACAUGCUUAUCACAAACGUUUUUUGAUGUGUCUUUUGUGUUCAUACCCAAGCAAUGUGCAAAUUCACUCCCUGACAUUAGAUGGUGUUUAAUGAAAAACAGAAUUACCCCGGUACACACAGAAUCCUAUUUGAUCUGCAAUUCCUCUCAAUAACAGCUCCCUCUUAUCGAGAGUUUUGUAGUCACUGUUACAUUUGUCAUAAAGCCCUUUGUGUUCAGACACCAAUGAAACCAGCAGCUCUACAUUCAUCUUGCCUCGAUGCAUCUUCUUGGUAUAUUUACUUCCUCUUUGUCCAUUAGGUAUCAAUGUAUGCUCAGCUAGAUCUUUUUGUGCUUGAGCAUCACCAAGUCAUUUUUACUGUAACUUCAGCAGCUCCAGGCAUGUGAACAAAAUUGUCAAUCUCAUUGGUCGGCUAGUGCACAUCAGUGUGCAGACUCGCAUUGAUGCCCUUUGUUAAGUCACGAGGCAUUAAACGCGAUAAUCACGUGCAAUAUUCGUCUCGGUGUGAACAAGCCUCUACAUUCAAACCAUCUAAUUUACUUGAGUGAAUCACCUGAAGACCCUUUAACCCUAUUGGUACACCUUCAGAAAAAUGAUUUGGUUAAGGAUCUGGGCUGCAAGUACAAGGAAAGUAGGGUCAAUUCCAAAAAGUAAUCCAAGGAAAGAGUUUCUAUGAGAAUGGUCUUGCUCUGAAACCACGGCAAGAUGCACAGCUUUUGGUUGCAACAGCAGGAUUUUUCUUGCAAUGCUCCUCUGAGUUGCUUCUUGAAGGAUAAACUAUAGCCACACCCCUUUUGACUUUCAGCUCAGAAGAAUACGGAUCUUUAGCAAUGUUUAGAAGCACCCUUCCUUUGAUGCCAGGAAACGUUGGGACUCAACCAACACAACCAGGAAGUCUACACUAAAUUCACGAAAUAGAAAUGAGUGAAGGUUAUAUAUUAUGACGUUUUACAGGAUGUAUGUUGUGAUUGUAUGUGCGCUUGUUUUGGGAGGAUGUUCCUCUCAUAUUGUAGUUUCCACAGGAAGGAUACUGCUUUUUUGAGCGGUCUGGAGAGUUUGUGAUGGGAUUUGUACUUGAACUGUGAAAUUACUUACUGUGUUUCUCAGGGCUUGUGUGUUUAUGUCUGAAUGUGUUCGGAACAAGAUUACUGUUAACAUUAAACCUAGAUGAAAUGGAAUUAUGGUGUCACUGUAAACAACAUUAGAGGAAUCAAGGGCCAGUGACGGUGUAUGUGCAGGACUAUAAAACACACCUGCAUAUAAACCUGAAAUUGUGUGUGCAUAAUGGAAACAUCUCCUCGAUUCACAGUAGGCACUCAAAUCACACUUCAGUAAUACUAAACAACUGGCACAUUCCACGGAUAACCAACAAGAAGGUCCAAGUAAACAUUUAAAAACCUGUUUCCUAUCUUCACUUUUAAGAUCAUUCUCUUCUUUGUCUUUGUGGGAAUGAUCCUGAAAUUUUGUUCCUGCAUAGAUCCAUGGACAUAUUUGUGAUUUUGUAUUGAUUUUGCAGACAUGAGACACGGAGGACGAGAUUUUGUCUUCUAGUGUGCACUAGGCUUUAGUACAGUUUAACAUUGUUAUGAAUGAAGUGAUUUUAUGUACAAUUAAGUAUUUAUUUUGCGACUCCAAGGAGGCCAGCACAAUUAGCAUGGGGACUUAUUAAGGCUCCUAAAUACUAGUUUAUUUUACCUCCAUCAAUUUGUUCAGAUAUUAUUCAUGAGUAAAUGUUUGAAAC